AUGACACCAAAGUUGAUACAUUUAAAUUCCGAAAUCGAAGACCCUGAUGCUGCCGCGAGAAAUCCCCUGGCAAAGCGGCGAAGAUCACUGCAACAGUAUGCAAAGAACGAGCAGCCUAUGGCUUGCCAUAUCCAAGGAGAAUUAAAUACUUUGCAGCAUUUGUACGAAUCUUUAAUGAGUGAUAGCAAUAAAGAUCAAUUAAAAGACGGCAAAAAUAAUAAAUAUAAGCUUUCUGUGGGUUAUGAAAAGUUUACUUUCAUAACCAACAACAUAUCUAAGUCGGCAGAAAAUUUUUAUAUAUACGAUGCUGAUUUUUUGGAGGAAACCAGCUUAAUUAUAAAUAAAAUUUUUAUGGACGCUACUUUUCGAUCAUUUAUACGUAGUAGAAAUACGUGUUAUAUAUGUACAAGCGUGGAUGCGUGUACGAGAGGUAUGGUGGGAGAAGAAUGGAGCAAAUUGAGUUUUGGCAUUUCGAAACUCCCGGGCGAAAGAACUAUAAUGGAGGCACAAGAGUCAACUGAAUUGGUUAUUUACAUCAUUAACCUCAAAAUUUUCAUAGAAAACCCGUUCCUUUCUUAA